GGGACUAAGCCUGGGAAGGGUCUUUGGGCCACGUCGCCCCUUCCCCCUUCCCCCACCCGGUUCGGCAGCAGCUCCUCCCCUCUCCUGCGGCGUCCGCCCUCCCUCCAGCAGCAUCUCCUCCUCCUUCCCUUGCUCCCUCCCUCCCUCCGCUCUGCACAUCUCCCAGCUCUAGCGGUCAAUGCUGCCGGCUGCAGAAGUCCCUAGAACUGUGCGCUGUGCAUAAAUCCAGCGGCGGCGGCAGCACUGAACGCAGCUGUCUCCCAGCCAGACCGUGCGUAUGCACUGCAGUGCCUUCCGAGCAUUGCACUCAUCGGCCUCUGGCCAUCCGCACCCCCUGCAUCCUCCUCCAGCCCCCUCCCUGGGCUGCGCACAGGAGAAAAAUGCUGCAGACGUCCUUUCCCUCCCCGGGUUUGAAGAGAUAAAAACAGUUCUGGGACAAAUGGAUAUCCUUCUAUUAUUCUGUAAUGUUUCACAUUCUGAAGAGCAUCAUACAGGAACUCCUGAUGGGGGUCAUCUCACCUCUUCUUGAACAUGUGCAGUGGCAGGGAGCUCACUGCUUAAUAAAUUAGACUUUCAUUUUGGACAGAUUCUUUUUCUUCAUGAGUGACAGAAGCAGCAGAGUUACUGUGGAAAGAACAUCAUCCUUUCAAUGCUUUGAGGCACCAUAUUGGGAAUGGAUAGAGAGAUAGAAACAACUUAGUUCCUGAUCUCAAGAAGCUCACAAGCAAAGAAGGGGAUCUCUUGCUGCAGCCCAGGCGAGGAGCAGCUAUGGACAAGAUCCUGGAAGCUGUGAUGCUAUCAACCUAUCCUAUCAAUGUGAAGCAAGGGCUGGCACGGCGAGUGAUCGAGGCAGCGAAGCAACCCAUGGACAGUGCUCAGUGCUGGGCCAUGCUGGAGCUGUCCACCAAGCUCUUCCUGGUGGGUGACACAAAGUUCAAGAGGGAGAUUGGACAGGAGGUCCUGGAGGUCUAUGGCCGAUACCACCUAGAGGCCUUUGUGGAGUUCUUUAAUGCCCAUUUCCUCCUGACUCUGCUGCAGGAGGGCUACGGGACCCCGGGCCACCCCAGCCCCUAUGUACUGGAUUAUGUCCAGUUGGGGCUGCAGUUCAUCCCUGAAGGACCUCCAGCUGAAGGUGUCUUUGCCUUGCUCCGCCUGGAAGUCCUGAGAAAGGUGUGCGAACGGCCAGGCCCCAGGCAAUGUGCCAAGGUGGCUCGUCUCCUGAGCCAGUACCCACGCUGCAUUCCAGAUGGCAGACAUCGGCUGCUCUUCUGCCAGCAGCUGGUCCGCUGCAUUGGACAGUUCCAGUGUCUGGCAGAGGGGGAGGAGGGCAUUGUGGAAUUCUUGAGCCAUGUGAAUCAAGUGAGCGGGCUCUUGCCUAAAAUUUGGAGUGCUCAAGCCUCAUCCAUCCUGCUGUCCCUGAAAGAGCUGUUUGCCAUUAUCUCCUCCACAGAGGAGCAGGAACCUCCCUCCAAUGCCUUGGCCAGCGUUGUCCAGUAUGUGCCUCUGGAGCUUAUGGAUGGGGUGAUCAGGAACCUCACCAAUGACGACAGCAUCUCAGAUGCCCAGAUGAUGACCGCUAUUAGCAGGAUGAUCGACUGGGUAUCUUGGCCCCUGGGGAAAAACAUAGACAAAUGGAUCAUCACGUUGCUAAAGGGCCUAGCAGCUGUUAAGAAGUUCAGCAUUUUGAUUGAAGUUUCUCUCUCCAAAAUAGAGAAGGUUUUCUCCAAACUGCUGUAUCCCAUUGUGAGGGAGGCUGCGCUGUCUGUUCUCAAGUAUAUGCUCCUGAGUUUCCAGCACUCCCAUGAAGCCUUCCAUCUGCUUCUCCCACACAUUCCCAAAAUGGUGGCUUCCCUGGCGGAAGAGGACUCCAACUCCCGAGCAAACUGCCUGGAAGAAUUGGCAGAGCUGAUCCACUGCAUGGUGUUCCGCUUCUCAGGCUUCCCGGACCUGUAUGAACCGGUCAUGGAGGCCAUCAAGGAUCUCCAUGUUCCCAAUGAAGACAGGAUCAAACAGCUCCUGGGACAGAAUGCCUGGACCUCCCAGAAGAACGAGCUGGUGUGCUUCUACCCCCGGUUGGCAGCCAAGUCAGACACAGGCAAGAUCGGCCUCAUUAACCUGGGGAACACCUGUUACAUGAACAGUGUGAUCCAGGCUCUGUUUAUGGCCUCUGAUUUCCGACACUGCGUUCUUCAUCUUCCUGAGGACAAUUCUCAGCCCCUGAUGACCAAGUUGCAGUGGCUUUUUGCCUUCCUUGAACACAGUCAGCGGCCUGCUGUCUCCCCAGAGAGCUUCCUAUCUGCCUCCUGGACGCCCUGGUUCAGCCCCGGUGCCCAGCAGGACUGCUCAGAGUACCUGAAGUAUCUGUUGGAUAGAUUGCAUGAAGAGGAGAAAACAGGGAAGAGAAUUUGCCAGAAGCUCAAACAGUCAAACACACCAUCCCCACCAGAGGAACAGCCAAGCCCAAACUCAAGUCCAAAUCCAAGUCCAACAGCUGUAGAGAAAAUGUUUGGUGGGAAGAUCGUGACACGCAUCCGCUGCCUCCGCUGCCUCAAUGUCUCCACCAGAGAGGAAGCAUUCACAGACCUUUCUCUGGCCUUUCCACCUCCUGACCGCCGUCGCCGUCGCGUGGGCUCUGUCAUGCUGCCAGUGGAAGAUGUCAGGGUACAAGGCCCUCCUUCACCAGCCAAGACCCCGGCCCCAGGCACUGAGGGAGCCCGGAGACAGAGAAAGCACUGCAUUGCUGGGGAUGCUCUGCCCCCAGUUGUGAGCAUUGAGAUACUUGGGUUCCAGGAACCUGGAGGGCAAAAGGAGAAAGAGGAGGAAAUAGAGAAAAAGCAGGAGGAAGAAAAAGAAAAGAUGGAGGAGAGGGAGAAAAAAGAGGAGAGUGAAGACAAGAAACAUCAAAAGGAGAAAGAAAAAAAGAAAGAGGAAGAAGAGAAAGAGGAAAAGAUAGAGAAAAAGAAGGAAAAAAAGGUGGAGAAAGAGGAGAAAGAAAAAGAGGAAAAAAAGAAAGAAGGAGAAGUUUGCUUAGGCCUGAGGGCUGGAGGGAACCAGGGAGUUGCCUUUGGGGAGCAGAUGUGUGGCCCUGAGGGUUCUCGGUCAGUCCCAGAUCUUCUCAAUUACUUCCUGUCACCAGAGACGCUGACAGCCGAGAACCGUUAUCACUGUGAGCACUGUGCCUCCUUGCAGGAUGCAGAGAAGGUGGUUGAGCUGAGUGAGGGACCCCGCUACCUCAUCCUCACCCUUCUGCGCUUCUCCUUUGACCUGCGGACCAUGCGUCGGAAGAAGAUCCUGGACAACGUCUCCAUUCCCCUGUUCCUUCGGCUUCCCAUGGCGGGCGGCUGCCCUCAGCAGGAGCAGGGCCAGGCCUGUGCAGCCUACGACCUUUGCAGUGUGGUGGUGCACUCGGGGAUCUCUUCAGAAAGUGGCCAUUACUACUGUUAUGCCCGUGAGGGAGCCACGGCCAUAGUCAACCCGUCAGGGCCGGCAGGACUCUCAGCUGCUGAAAAGCCCCCAGGACUGGAGAGCCAGUGGUAUUUGUUCAACGACACCCGGGUCUCCUUCUCCUCCUUUGAAUCCGUCAGUAAUGUCACCUCCUUCUUUCCCAAGGACACAGCUUAUGUGCUGUUCUACAGGCAGAGAGUCAGAGAAGGAUGGAAAGCAGAACCCAAGUCCCCCAGACCCCACCCUGAACCAGCCCUCCACAAAGACCUGAUUGAAGCCAUAUCUAAAGACAACAUUCUUUACCUGCAGGAGCAGGAAAAGGAGGCCAGGAGCAGAUCAGCCUACAUCUCCACGCUCCCCAAAUCUCCCCCUUGGGGGAGGGACUUUGAUGAAGACAAGGAUGAGGAUGACGAAGGCUCCCCAGGAGGCUGUGACCCUGCAGCUGGAGGCAGUGGCAGCUCUUUCCACAGACUUGUCUUCUAGGGGUCUUAACCCCAGUCCUAUGCUCUCGUCCUAGUCCCCAGCCUGCUCUGACAAUCCUUCCCUUGCAAGGCCACUUCAGGCCCCUUAUUCUUUAAGCAAGACAAGAUGGGAUGAGCUCAGAUUUCACCAUAUCAACUUCUCCCCAAGCCCUGAGGACUUAGGUUGGACUGGGUCCUGUCUUCAAGCAGAGGAAGCAGACUUGUACUUCCUAGCCCCAGACCUGUUCUUCCUUCCCUAACUUCCUAGCAGGAGUAGGAAUAAUGGGAGAAAGUUAAGGAGAAGUAGAUUUCAGCUCCCUUCUUAACAAUCAGAGCUGUCUAAUCAUGGAGCAGGCUACUUCUCCAUAGGGAGUGAGCUCAUCAAGGGAAAUAUUCAAGCAGAAGGCAGAUGACCACUCAUUGGGGACAUUGUAGAGGGGAUUUCUAUUCAGGUACAAUUAGACUAGAUGACCUCUGAAGUCCCUUCAAGCUCCAAGAUUCUCUGACGACACCUUCCAGGGAAAGGACAUGCAAGGAGGAGGUUCUGACCCUUUUCUGAGGGGAAGAGGCAGAGGUUAAUGGUAUGUGCCCAGCCUAAGGCCCAUGGGAGCGUGUGCUUCUGGUCUAUUUGUUCUAGGAACUAGAUCAUCGGGACCUGACUCUUGAGAGAGUACCCAAGCAAAAGACUCGUAAAGGUCCGUUCAAACGCCAUAUAAACAAAUGUUCUCAUUGAUUCCACUGGAAAAUCUGCUGUGUGAUAACAGCUAUUUCAGCUUCCUACAGUAAUAAUUCUUUGACUCAAGUACAUACGGUACAUGCCAGUCAGAGACAAAUGCUUUUUUUUUCCCCCGGGCCUGGUUUAUGUAAGUUAUAUUCUAUUACAAAAGUACAUGAUCAGGUUUGGGGAGAAAACUUCAUAGCUCUAAUGUUCUGCAAUCAUAGAGCAUUUGCCCCUUUGCCCCCUUUCCUUUUUCUCCUUCUCUCCUUGGACUUCUCUAUCAACUCCCAAAUAAUGUCAUCAUUCCCUGAUAACAUACCCUGGACUCUCAAAAUUGAGGAGCAUGGAGGAGGCUGAAUGAGGGAGUGUGAUGUCAUUGAAGCCUUUUUUUCCCUCUAGUGCAGGGGGACCCACAGACCUUCCCACUUUCACCCCACCAACAAUUCCAUGGAUAGAUCUCAGAGUGUUCAUGAACUUGGAUGGGAGGAAAAAACCAACCCAGACACAUCUUUAUUUGCAUUCACCACUGAAUUCAGCAUUUCCUUCAAUUAUCUUAAAAGCAUGAUCCUGAGAAGGGGGUCUAUUAUAAGCAUUACCGAGACCACCAGAGGGGUCCACAACACCUAAUGAUGGUUAAGCCUCUCUAAUUCUAAUAUGUUCAGCAGAGCACUUAAUUUAAUUGACUCACUCAUUCCAAUGGAAACAUAGGAUCAUUACAGAACAAUCAAAUUUAGAGCUGUAAGAGAACAAAUGUAAUCUAGCCCCUUUACAAAUGUGGAAACUGAGGCCCAAGAAGGGAACAAAGUCAGGAUUCCUUACCAGUUUUUGCCAGUUGGAUGUACAGUCUAAUGGGGAAUAACCCUGCUCACUCGCCUCUAUAACCCUCCACCCUCUUCUCUAGGACAGGGGAGAUUCAGCCUGGCUGGAUCACUGGGCCCUGUUUGAAAUAUGGCAGAUUUCCCCAGGAUUGCUACUUAUUUUACUAAGAGAGAACACUGCCUUUUGCAUCUAGAAGAGGGUAGUGGUGACCUAGCAAAUGGUUCCAUUUGGGAUGUAAUGGCUACAUUUCUCUUCCCAUCCCAGUCCAUGGGGUUAAAGCUGAAAGGGACCCUGGAAACCAAAGAGAGUCAGCACUGAAAGGACCUUAGUCCAAUCUCAUUUUACAAAUGGGGAAAAGGAAGAUCACCAGAGGUGAAUUACUUUCAGAAGAUACAGAACUGGGAUUCACACCCAGAUCCUCUGAUCCAGCAUUUUCACUAAAACCACAAAGCUUCAGUUUAUCCCUACAACUUCCUAGUCACAUUGGUGGUGGGCUUUUUAAAAUUCCCGUUUUAUAGAUGAGCAAACUGAGGCUGAGCAAGGGGUUGAUCUGAGAGUGCCCACUACCAGUUUGCUAUGAUGCCUGAUCAGACCCAUUCGAAUUGCCCAUGUUAAGAUCCUUGUAUUUUUUCUUUUUUAAAUUGGGGAGAUGGGGGAGCAUUUUAUAUUAUUAGCUUAAUAUGCAUACAGGUCUUGGAGGUUCAGUUUUGUUACUUGCUCCAUAUGCAACAUUGAGGAAGUCACAUCCCUUCUGAUCUUCAUUGUCCUUAUCUCCCAACCUUUUUUGUAAGAAAAGCUGGAGUGCAGAAUGACUGAGCUGCCAUCAUCAGCCUUUAGCAUAGUAAUAAGGGGGUUCCUUUGGGAGAGCUGACACUCUAGCUACUGAGGAUGCUGAGACUGAUGGGUUGCUUGAGCUCAGGGCUUCUGAGAUACAGUAGGGAUAAAGCUGACCAGGUGCCCAAGGAAGUCUGGCACUAAUUGGGUGAGCUUGUCCUUGGAUCCUUGUCUCCCACUCAGCCCCCUAAGUUGCUUAUGGAGAAAUAAACUGACUUCAGUCAGAAACCGAUCAGCAGGUUCAUGCCUUCUGUGCAGGUCACUGGUAAGGUUGGGGGGACCCAGUCUCAAACUAAUAAAAGCCCCAUCAAACAAAAUUAAUAGGUGGGAUUUCAGGGGAUAGGUCACAGGCCUGGCAAGCUCUGAUUUUGUUUGGUAAAUGAGUGAGGAGGUCUGGAGCUGGAGUAAUUGCAAGGGAAGGGGAAGGGCAUAUGGACCCAGAGGGAGGCACUGAUUCCAAGGGUGCUCUCCUCUCCCAAAGGGUGUGGAUAAAUUUUGUGAACAUCUUUCCCCUAUGCUAAGCAUCCUGUUCUCUUUUUUUUACCUUCCAGUCUUGAGUUCCCCACAAUCCAAUUUUGGUUUUACUUUCCUGGGGACAGUGACACAUAAAAAUAAAUUUAUGAUUUCAUUGCAGCUUGA